GGCAACAAGAGGCGGCUGUCUGGCUGGUGGUCGCAGACUCGCAGUGGCUGGCAGUGUUUAUCAUGGGUCAGCUGACAGUGGUGGUGGCCGCCUGAUGCCUCACACAACACCAUCAUGGAACACAACUCUGUAGAUGCCUGUAUAGAAGAGUGGGAGACACUUAGUAAUGAGUAUCGGGCAUUAGAGAAAAUCCAUAAGGAGUAUCGACAGAAAUUGGAAGAAUUGACACAACUUCAACAGAAAUGCAUCAAAGGGAUUGCACACCAACGCUAUCGCAUAACUGUAAUCAAGCGGUCCCUUAAAAAGUUAGACCACAGGGAUGACCCAGACAAUAAUGAAAGGAAUGAACUUCUGCAAACUGACCUCAUUCGCCGUAAAGCUCAGCUCUAUGACAUGGAGAACAACAUUCCAAAGCAGAGUGGCCUUUACCUUAAGAUCAUCCUUGGCAAUAUUAAUGUUUCGAUUCUAAAUAAAGAUGAGAAGUACCGAUACAAAGAUGAAUAUGAGAAGUUUAAACUUGUCAUUAAUCUGGUAGCUUUUGCCAUCUCUACUUUCAACAUACUCACCAAUAUAAGGACUGCUGAUCUUGUUCACAUGUUUCUUUUGGUGUGGUACUACUGCACUUUAACCAUCAGAGAAAGUAUUCUUAAGGUGAAUGGUUCAAGAAUCAAAGGCUGGUGGAGAGCACAUCACUUCAUAUCAACAGUAUUGUCUGGUAUCUUACUGAUAUGGCCAAAUGGGGAAACUUACUAUGCAUUCCGCAAACAGUUUAUGUUCUUCAAUAUGUAUAUUAGUUUUGUACAGUACCUGUUGUUCAUGUACCAGCGUGGCUGCCUCUAUCGUCUCAAAGCUCUAGGGGAACGACACAAUAUGGAUAUUACUGUUGAAGGCUUCCACCAUUGGAUGUGGCGAGGUCUUGGCUUCAUCAUCCCAUUUCUGUUAAUAGGAUAUAUAUGGGAGCUAUAUAAUGCCUACACUCUGUACCUCCUGUCCUUCUCUGAUAAUGCAGAGUGGCAUGUUUCAACUCUGGCUAUUCUGUUUUUCCUCCUGUUUUUGGGAAACACCCUCACAACCCUGUCAGUCAUACCUCAGAAGCUCAAGGAACGUAUGAAAUUUAAGUAUCGUUUCACUCGCCUUGAUAAGUAUAUCUGGACACACAAAAAAAGACGAGUUUCUUUCAGGAACCCUGAGUCUCCCCAGCGACGUACCCCAGCUGCUCGAGCUGCUUCUUUCUCAAAAAAGAGACCAGAAGUGAAGGAAGAAGAUGAGGUUCUUACCAUGAACCUUCUAAUACAGGGUGACUCACUGGGUAGUGGAACUAAUGCUUUGGCAGUUGAUCAGGAAAUAAGUUCUGAAGAAAUGCAGUUUAAUGAGAUGCUAGACGAUGUCACCAAGGAUAUUGACUUUGAGAAGAUUGACAAAGAAAAUGAUAUAAAGUCUAACAUGGAAGAAGUGAGUCGAGAUGGCGUGGAAGACAAAGACAUUAAUGAAGAAGCAACUGAACUUGAAGACACUUUUCCUGUUGAAACAAAGAAAGAAAUAUAAGAAUUAGUUGAGAAGAAGCACUUGAAUAUCAAAUGUUCUUAGGUGACUUACAGCCUUACAGCUGUCAGUACAGUACUGUGAAAGAGAUUUACUUUUAAUGAGUGCAGCAUAAUUUUGAUUUAUAUAAAAAGGAUUUGAGAUUAUUUUCCUGAAGUUAUUCCCAAGAAUUUUUUUAAGAUCAGAUUUUAUUCUUUUACUGUUGAGCAAUUUCUGGUUCAAGAAGGAUAUUGGCAGGAAGUGAAAGGGUAUUGUGAAAUAUUUUUUUUUACUGUAAACAUGGUAUUCAACUGAUGUAAUUAUCAAUGAAUAUAUUAACUAAUUUUCUUCCUGAUACUGGAGGGAGAUAAACUACAAUCACACUACCCCUUCCAAUGCCUUUCCAUCUGGCCUCACAUACAGUAGCUCAAAAUACAUCAUAACCACACCCAGUAACAAAAGAGUGUGUGUGGACUUGCCACUUCGUUUUGUUUUCCGUACAAUCCUCAGGUAAUCAUCUUAGUGGUUCCUUUUGUCUACUUGCCUAUCUGGUUUACAGUAGAACUCCAGUUAUUCUCUGUGAUUUGGGGUGUGAAAGUGUGUCAAUUUUUUGUUUUAUCCUUAUUUCUCUUUAAGUAGCUAGUAAGAGUUUUCCUUCUCUGGGUAUUUCAAAUAUUAUUCAAAGGGGCCAAAUUUUCAGGAAUGUUGUAAUGCAUCUGUGUAAUAUGUAAUGUUGGUUUUGUACAUUGAAAAGACUUCAUCUUGGGAAAGCUCUCUCACGAAAUUUCUUUUAUCUGAUGCUUUUUGCUUCAAGGGUCAAACUGAUACAAUGUGUGUAGAUGUGUGUGCAUAUAUUUUUCAGCGAGAGCUGCAUUAUUAUUUGAAAGAUUGUUAGCAAGAGUAAAAGGGGAACUUUUUCUAUACUGUACUCAUAAUGUGUGUGGUAGAGUUUUGAAGAGAAAUAUUGUGUUGUCAAAGAAUAAUACCAAAAUUGUGCCUGGAUUUUUUAUUUAUUUUUUUAUUUUUUUCCUAAUAAAAUAUAUCCUGGAUUUACAGGAUAUAUACAGUGCUGUAUAUACUGUUUAUAUAUGGUAUAGUGAAAAACAACCUUGAAAUUAUAUUCUGGAUGCAAACUGUAGAGGUAAAAAUACAACCAUUCUUAAAAAAAAAAAAAUACAAUAUUGUGCAAUGAGAUUUUAUCUCAGGUUGUGCAUUACAAUGAAAACAAAAAGGGUACAUUGCCAAGCAUUUUAUUUGAAAUGACACUGGAAUACAGAAAUGAGACUUGGUAGCAGAGAAAAAAGUUUUAUUGAGGUAAUGGAAUCUGGUUGAUUUAUAAAAGUUGGAAUUAUUAUGUUAUAGAGUAUCUCCGUAAAAUUUCUGAAUGUUGUGUUACAUUAUUUUUUGAGAGGAUAUAGGUACACCCACCAGAAAAGUCCUGUCAGUCCUCUCCCAUCCAUGAACCUUGUGAAUCACGUCUCUUUGAGUCCAAAACAACACACAAUGCAUCAUGGAUGGGAGAGAGAUCCGACUCGCCAUUUUAUGGUGGGUGUACAGUCGGCCAAAGAUCCAGCGACCCCACCCUGGGUCUGGAACUGGCAAUACUUGGUAAAGUAAGGCUGUAUGUGAAGGUGAUUGUGACUGGUGGCUCUAUUUUCGACUGGAUAACUGUCAAGAUAAAUAUUAAACAAUCCAAAGGCAGAAUUUUAAUGAUAAACUAUUCAUUGUUAUUUAAGAUCAUGAGAAAUUUCCAAAUGUCCGUAUAUUUACUUAAAAAAUGAAGAAAAUUUGAUCCGAGAAUCUUAUGGCAGCCCCCGUUGUAGUUGAGCUGCCAAUUCAUUAAUAUAAUUUUUUCAUUAUUUAAGCAAAUAUAUGAACAUUUGGAAAUUUCUCAUCUUAAAUAACAAUGAAUAGUUUAUUAUUAUAAAAAUUCUACCUUUGGAUUGUUUAAUAUUUAUCCUGACAGUAAUACAGCCGAAAAUAGAUCCACCAAUCACAGCCUUACUAUACCAAGUAUUGUCAGGUAAAAUUGCCAGUACCAGACCCAGGGUGGGGUCACUGGAUCUUUGGCCGACUGUACAUAAUCAUGAUAUAAUGCUCGUCCCAAAAUCAAUACCUACACUUUUUUUCUCACUUACAGUACUUAUAAUACAUUUACAAUUGGUUAUGCUUACCAGCAACAAAUUACAAAAUUAACUAUAAUAUUAUAGUUUGAAGUACAGUACAGUAUUUUGGAUUGGAUCACUAUACUCAUCAGGUCCGAAAUGUUUAGAUGAAGAAGAAACACGUAUGAGUACAGUAUUGUAUUGUACUUAAGACUUUUCAUACUACAGUAUUUUCAAUUAAUGCCUGGUAAACUUAAUGACGAUUUUUUUUUAUUUCGUGGUCCCCACAGGAAGGUAGAAGCAAGAAGAAAACCCCAUAGAAUGUUGCGAGUGAAUGGAGUAAAACAUAAUGGAAUUUUUAUGAAAAUAAGAGAAUAUGUGGGCUACUUUAUUCCUGGAUAUAUUUUAGAACCAGUUUGCACAAAUAAGAAAUUACCCUUAACAUAAUACUGUAUGUAGCAUAUAGGUACUGUACUACUCUAUUUUGUAGGGAGUGAUUUGACAUUAGACUCUGUUGUAUGGUAUUAUAAUAAAUGUGCACAAAUGUGUCCUUAUUGUGUAAAAUAAUUUCCUCUUCCAUAUGAUUGAAAUAUUGUACUUGAUAUUAAGAAGUUAGCAAAGAAAACCUAAGCUUACAAAAAUAAAGAAUAUGUUAAUGCAAAAGGUAUUGUGUUAUACUGUAAUGUAUUUUGGAUUAAGUUUAGGCAAGCCAAAUGUACUCCACACGCUUUAAUAACCCAAAUAAUGUUUACCCUUUAUCAGAGUUAUUGCAGCUAAGAAAAGUUUCGAUUAUUAUUGCUUUAUUAUGAUUGUUGGUCAGUUUGUAUUGGAUCAUUCAAAAUUUUAUAAGAUUGGUUUGUAUUUUAGACAGACUUGAUAUUUUCACAAGAUUUCCAGAAAAUAAUUAUUAAUCCUAUGGGCUCUUUUGCUUCAUGUUUAGUGCAGACAUACUUUUAAGGUGUGUUUUCUGAGAGAGAAAGUAUGUAUGUAUGAUGGAAUGGAACAGUGAAGCAAAUAGUUAAAAGAUAUUGGACUACUUUGUUGUAUUGUGAAUAUGAAGAGGCAAAGGUGACAAGUUUUGUAUUAUGUAUACUGUAUUUGUUAAAUCUCUAUUACUAAUUGUAAAUUGAAGAUGUACAGUAGCUAAAACAACUAUCUGUGCAGGUGGGGGUCGAUAUGCUCCGAAAUUUUAUCGUCCGUGGUCUCAUAUUGUUUGCCACAAAGUAUGCACAGAUAGUUAUUUUAGCUACUGUACAUAAUUAUGUGUGCUAUUUGUAAAUUAUUGAAAAGUUGUUUGAGCACCUAAGAGAUUGUUUCACAACCACAGGAAAUAACCAUGUUUAAUAUAUUGAGCUUAUAUGUCGCUGUCAAGCCCAUACGUCAUUCUUAUAAGUUCCUAUUUAUGUAGAUAAUUUUAUUUUGAUCCUUUGGUAAUGUGCUAUGGAUGUGUGUGGCUUUAUCUUUUGCUUUUUCACUAGACAAGGAAGACACAAGUAAACAACAAGAUGAGAGACUAGAAUGACAGGUGAACAGAUACUAGGAGUUGUACUGUAAUUAUACUGCAUAUUAAUCAUUCAUGUUGUCUCUUGGCAUCACCGGCAUUUCUUUCCUUGUUCACUUAGAGAGGGGUGAAUAGAAUGUUAAGAGGAAUUUAAUUUUGUUCUGCAGAAUACAGAAUUUUUGAAAGGGAAAAUGAAUACCCUGUAUAUUAGUAAUUUGAAACCAAAUCAAAGGUAGCAUAUAUGUAAUGUUUUUGUUGUUUUUUCUUUGACAUCUAAGGUUUUUAAAUUGCACUAUUACGUAUCCCAUCCUCUGAAUGGUAGGCCUUACUUUCAUUAUUGUAAUCAUUGUUUACUUUGUUUUCAAGUAAAUUUGUUUAACCCAUUUAUUGCAUUGGCUGAUUUGAGCAUA